AUGGGCAGAGAUGUGUUUCUGACCAGGCUUGUUCUUGGCCGCUCGUCACAUGAAGCCCCAGAGCCGGCCCCCCACCAUGCCUCACCUCCGGCUCCUGGAAGCACCUCCGCUCAGUAUGACGAACGCGGCCAUCCAGCCAACCCAAGGGCCCGCGCCCUGGGCAGAGCCCUAAGAGAUGCCCAGAACGACAUUCUUGCCGCAGUAGGCGUCGUUGAGCGCAAGCGCGUCCACAUUGCCGGAUUCCCUCUUCCCCCGCCCAAGGAUCCCCGUGUCACGAAGCAGGUCGAGGCCGAGGACCUCAGCGGCACCCUGGUCGCCAUCUGCGGCACUCUGACGCGGUAUGCAGGCACCUGGUGGGUGGGUGCUUUGCAAGACCGCGUACUUACUUACGACUAUCCUCUUGAGCUUUCGUUCUCGGACCUGGUCGGAGCUCAGCUUGCGUCCGCAGGACCCGCCGGCUUCCUGUUUGCUGGGCUCCCAGCCCAGCUCAUCUCCAUGAUCAUGAACGAUGGGGACCUGUGGGCGUCCUUUGUGGUCUCGUUGAUCGACGACGCUGUGUUCCGGUCAAGCCUAUCGCGAAAAAGCCGAGUUGCUAUUUCGCGGCGGAAGCCAUGGAUACGCAAGUUAAUAGCUAUAUCCAUCGAGGUUGCUUUUGCACCCAUUGUCCUCCAUGCUGCCUACCAGAGGCUCUUCUUGGCCCCGCCGUCACAGCUGCUGCCGCGCUUGCAAACCUUCAACCCAUUCUCCGCAUCCUCGCCCCUUCAGGCGGUUGCGGUCCCAAGGCCUUUAGGCAUGGGCAAUGUGAUGGGCUGGCUUAACGCUCUCUCAACCUCGCCGGUAGUUCUGGUCAUCGCGUGGAGGCGGUCGAUGGCCAGCAUUCAACGUUUCAUGUAUGAGCCGCUAGAGAAAGGGAUACUCACCCCCGACAAUCCGGACCAAUAUACCGCCGACGAGGCCUCGGAACGACGCAGAUUCCUCGAGAAAGACGCCGCAGAUAGCCAGCAAACAGACCACGCCUGGUCGAGCUGGUUCUUUACUUGUCUUAACUGGAGCUGGCGCGUAGACUCUGCACCAGGAACUACCGGAACUGCUCUCCAUGGCGACGGGCAGAAUACUGAUGUCCACGAGACACGCGGCGAGCAGAGAUCCCAUACACCAGCCGAGGCAGGCGGACAGGUACGGACUCCUGGGUCUCCUUCUGCUCAUACCAGGCACGCGUCCUCAACAUCGCCACAUUCUCCCAGCGAAUCGAAUCGGAACCACGAUGACGAGAGAGACGCCACCGUAAGAAUUGCCUCCCGCGACGAAGGCUCUGGCGUAGUGAGCCUGGAGAUUGCUCUGCCGGAAGAGCUCCAAAAUGGUGUCGCGAGCACCCGCCGGAACCACUCGUCCGAGACUCAGGACAACCGCGACGAACAUCAGCAAAGGCGGUCGCACGGCCCGGGACGAGGCCGUAAACGCACGCAUCGCGUGACCCAACUUGCAGAAGAGCCAGCAGAGAUGCUAGGAUCAUGGGUCAAUCUGACGUUCUCGGACUGGGUUCUUCUGCCUCUGAAGGCCGUCGGCCUGCGAAUGAUUGCGACUUCAUGCCUGCAAUCACUCAAUCCCGGAGGCGGCCAGGCGCGGCUUCCCUUGUUCGCUAACGGAAUCCUCUCGCCAUCCUGGCCUGCAUUCACAAAAACGGAUAUUGCUUCGGGCCCAGGAUUGACAAAGCUCGGCAUAUUCGCAGGCAGAGUAGGGCUUUGCUGCGCUUUGCAGAUUCUGCUUGGCCUUGGGCUGUCGGGGGUUGAAUGCAUUGCCGUCACCGUGCUUGGAAAGAGAUAUUUUGGUUGGGGCCAAGUUCGAUAA